AAUCCAUGUACAAUACGAGGGGAGGGAGUCGCAUGGCCAUCAAAGUGCAAAAGGAGUGGUGUACCUGGAAAAUGCAGUUUCUGUAAAAAGGCCAUUCACGGUAAAUCAAGGCAUCUGGUCAUUUAUCACUGAGAGCAAAACAGGAACUCAGUCAGCUUCACAGUUGGAGGAAGGACGUACAAGCUUCCCUUGAUCAAGUUCUCUCUCACCGAAAGAUGUCGACUACCACCGCUGAGAGUGUAAGAAGCGGAACCAAAACCUCCAAAGCGUCAAAUGAUUACAAAAAGCCCACUGCAGCUGCCCUGAAAGGAGCCAUCCAGCUGGGCAUCGGUUACGCUGUGGGAAACCUCAGCUCUAAACCAGACAGAGAUGUUCUCAUGCAGGACUUCUCUGUUGUGGAAAGUGUUUUCCUGCCAAGUGAGGGCAGCAAUCUGACUCCAGCCCAUCACUUCCCAGAUUUCCGUCUGAAAACAUACGCACCACUGGCUUUUCGCUACUUCAGAGAGCUGUUUGGCAUCAAACCAGAUGAUUAUCUGUACUCUAUGUGUAAUGAGCCUCUGAUCGAGCUGUCCAACCCCGGGGCCAGCAGUUCCUGGUUCUACCUCACCAGCGAUGAUGAGUUCAUCAUUAAGACGGUGCAGCAUAAAGAGGCUGAGUUCCUGCAGAAGCUGCUUCCUGGUUACUACAUGAAUCUGAAUCAGAACCCAAGGACUUUGCUGCCCAAGUUUUACGGCCUGUACUGCAUCCAGUGUGGCGGCGUCACUGUCCGUGUGGUGGUGAUGAACAACGUGCUGCCGCGUGCCAUCAAGAUGCACUACAAGUACGACUUGAAGGGUUCCUCGUACAAACGCCGUGCCUCACGCAAGGAGCAUGCCAAGCCCUCACCCACGUUCAAAGACCUGGACUUCCAGGAGAUGCAUGAGGGCCUGCACUUCGACCCGGACACCUACAAUGCCCUGAUGAAGACCCUGCAGAGGGACUGUCGGGUACUGGAGAGCUUUAAAAUCAUGGACUACAGUCUCCUGUUGGGGAUUCACAUUUUGGACCGGAAGCCGCUGGACAGAGGAAACCGAUGUGACAGCAGGAAAGGACAGAAAGUCCUCUACUCCACUGCCCGCGAAUCCAUCCAGGGGAACGUGAAGGACCCCAAACCGGUGGCUGAUGACGACACAUUGGGUGGAAUUCCUGCUAAACAUAAAGAUGAGAACCUUCUAAUCUUUUUAGGAAUUAUCGACAUCCUUCAGUCCUACAGGUUCAUUAAGAAGAUGGAACACUCCUGGAAAGCGCUUGUUCAUGAUGGGGACACAGUGUCAGUUCACAGGCCCGGUUUUUACGCAGACAGAUUUCUCAAAUUCAUGGGCUCGACUGUAUUUAAAAAGUUUCAUCCUUUAAGAGGAGCAUCUUCAAAGAGGAAGAAGAAUUCCUUCUAUGCAGUAAAGUCAGCAUCCCAGGAGUUUCUGUCCCCACAGAAGAAGGACGAGAAGAAGGCUCAAAGCCUGGACAACUUGGAUGGAACCUUUUACAGUUCCUCCAAGCAACCAGAUCUUCUGCCAAGAUCUGCUGUUUUUUCCCAGUCCACCAGAAAUGAUGAAGAGGACCUUGAAACCAGUGAAGACCGGCGAGCCUCCAGUUCAACAAUUGCUCUCGAUGAUCCCCUGCUGUCUCUCAGCAGGAGCCAGUCAGACUCUGAACUGGAUGUCUACUUGCGUCACACAGCCUCACCCAGGCGACCCAGCUGGAGUUGAUCAGUCGUUUGUGUCCCAGCAUCCAUAAACUUGAGGAAAAAUAAGUGAUGGCUCCACUCCAGCCACCUGUACUUUUCACCUUUGACCUUCCUGUCCAAUGGUGUCGAGACAUCAGGAAGUUCACGAUGUGAAAAAACUACAAGCAGUAACAUUUUCACGUCAGUUUCUCCACUGUCAGCCUCUGUGACUUUCCUUUUGAGUCAAAGUUAAUGUGCCAUACCACUGGUUCUUUUGUAGAAUCCCAUGUUAACACGUAGAGAUACAGUCUGCGCGCGUGUUAAGAUCACUGAACCACUGUGUUAAUAUAUAAAACACUAUGAAGCUAUGUCGUCUCCUGUUAUUGUACACUUUGCUGCUAAGUUAACAACAGCGCUAACAAAAAAUUGAGUUUCAGUUUGACCCCUCCUCUUGGAUGUCAGAUUUUCUGUGCAAAUGUUCAAAUUUCUCAGCCGCUGAUUCUGGUUUAAGGAAUCUGAAUCAAAAAUUACAGUUCAUCUGUUGAGACAAAUAACUAUAAAUACUGUGUGUUAUACCCUGAUGAACAUUAUGUAUAACUGAUUUUAAAAUCUCAAUUUGCACAAAACAAGUUAUGAAUAUAUUUGCUGUACUAUAAUUAAUUUAUUCUGUAUCUGUGUAUUUUCUUUUUCAAACAUGCAGAAUCUGCUGCCACCGUGACAAAAAGCAAUUGCUCAGUUUCUUGCAAUAACAAGAUGGUUUUCAUUUACAGAUUUUUCUUGUUAUGUUCACCAACACUUUUCAGUCAUUGAUUUUUCAUGCAUUUCACAUUUCUUUAGAAAAUGUACAUUUCAUCUAUACUUUAUUAAACUAGUGCCUGUUAUCAAUUGUUUUGAAUCCUAGAGGUAAACAAUGAGCAGACUGUAUGUCAACUGUCUUCUUUUGGUCCACAUGCCUUAAAAUGUUAAAAAUAAUCUGUGCUUUUAUGUGAUUUAUAGGCCUAAAACUGUAUUAUAGCAACACUUUGAACUUGCGUCUGUGAAAUAAAUUAAUAUUUAAUAAAUGGGA